CUUACUUUCAUCGCCUAGGUCCUCUCUCGGAUUCUUUGUAGCCUUUAUCAUGGCGUCAUAUCCACCGGUGGUAUCAUCAUGAGCGGACUAUGGCUGUCAUUCUGGACAUCUAACAAGUUUCCAGAGUUGAGCAGAGGCCAGUAUAUGGGAAUAUAUGCGGAUAUCUUCUUUGACCAGACGGUUGCAUUGUACUCGUUCUCAGUUCUGCUAACAGCUGCUUGUGCCAACGCCAGCAAGAACCUGUUCGAGUGUGCUAUGCAUCGAACCCUUCGAGCGCCCAUGUCCUUCUUCGAUACCACACCGCUGGGGCACAUUAUCAAUCAAUUUUCACAUCCAGGUAUCAGGCAAUGAUCUCGUGGACUCUGGCCAGAAGAGACGGAUAAGGAUGAGAACAACAUGUAAAUAGUAUCUUUUUGACUAUCCUUUUGUUUGAUGUUUCUGCAUAUCAUCUUAUCAUCUGGCAGAUUCAUUUGAACACUCUAAAGUUACAUCAUCCAAUCGUGUGACUUUUGCAUGGCCCAGAUUUCAGGCUGUAGUUCCG